AACCUUCCCAAUUUUAUUUGUUAAAUUUUUAUGAAUAGAAAAAAAAUUGUAAUUAAAUUCUUGUUAUGGAGUACGGAAAUGGUAACGGCAUCAACAUGCAAUCUUAUCAGUCGAUGCAGGGCUAUGGCAUGUCCGUUCCCGAUGGCCAGCCACCAGAGGGAUACGGAAUGAACUACGAUGGCAUGGGCCAGAUGUCGGGACGUAGUCAGGAGUAUAGCUAUGGCCAGGAGGAGCCUCGUGGCCAGGCAGGCACUGCAGCCUUUGGUGGUCCUGGCUAUCGUAGUCCCCUGCGCUACAAUAAGAUGCUCAAAGAGAUGAACUCUCGCAAUGGGCUUUAUUCUCCCGCAGAGCAGCAGCGUGUUGGCCAGGGUAGUGGCCACGGCGACUACGGUUAUAACUCUUUGCCUGGUUUGGGUGAUGCCGAGGCCCAACAGCCGCGUGGCAAUGGCAAUUCCUACUACUAAACAAGCAAACAAGAAAGUCCAUUGGAAAUUGUAUUUGAUAUUUUGGUUAUUGGCAAACAAAAUGGUACCUUUAAAUAGAAAUUGUUUAUUACAAAGGGGA